UGCCCAACUGCUGAGUCAUAUGAAAAGUUGAUAGCCAAGUGGACGAACGGAGUGAGAGUUCGGCUGAUUAUAUGAAAUAACCUUUGUUCUGCUGUUGUUACGGUGAAGUUUGUUUCUUCGGAAGUGUAACGCGAAUUUAGUGUGUUUGUGGUUUAAUAAGCAAAUUCCAGCUUCUCUGCUUGCUCUGGCGUUAUAAUUUGCCGGUCUGACAGCGACAAUACCAUUUGUGUAUAGUUUUGUAGUACCUGUUACUAACAUAUUUAAUGUCAUUGCGUUACUGAUGCACAUACCACAGUAUUUUAUGUUGUUUUAUAGAAAAAAUGAAGUGCCCGUUCUGGCAUGACAAGAACAGUUGUCAGUGUUUGAAAGUGAGUUGUAACCUUCUUGGCAAGUUUGUGCUAAUCACAGUGUUUCUAACCCAACUGAAGACAGGUUGGAUUUAAAAAGUUGUAGAAGAGAGAUUAAUUUGAUAAUUGUUUGAAAAUUGGGAGGUUUAAUGUUAGGAAUUGGUAGAGUUACUGUUGAACUUGUAGAGUGUUUGCCUUAUUUAUAGUGAAAUUUAGUGGAAUGUAUUUGUAGGAAUUGGAGAAAGAGACUCAAAAUAAGGAGAAUGUUUUCAAGAAAAAGAGUUGUAGGUUAAUGAGUGAAGUGAAUGUGUGUUAUAUAAUUGAAUUUGAUUUCAGGUUUUGAGACUAACCUUUUUUUAAUGUAUGACUUGGUAUUAACUGUAUUGUUUUCUGGCCCCUUGUGGGCAUUCAAAAAUACUGACGAAAGGCAUUAAUAAGAAGCACUAGCGAUGCAGUGUCUCAAGAAAAUGUAUCGAGAUGAACUUCUGCAGUUGGCCUUACUCUUAAGCCUUCUGCAUGUGGAUCCAGACUCUUACUUUGGCUAUGACAUACCGGCUGUAGGUGUUGGAAUCCGUGAUUUAACUGGUGGAACAAGUUGGGCACAUGCUCCUGCCAUUAUACCACGGCGUAUGUUUGUACACCCCAAGAACUUAGACUCAGUUCUUCUUAAUUAUGAAAGGGAAGUUUUUGAAGACCUUAAUGCUCUUGGUCGGUACAACAGGAUACAUACUCAUAAUUCAGAUGUUACAGCAUAUUUGUUAAAUAUUGAUGGUGCUAUACCAAGUUCUUCAUUUGGAACUAGUGCUACAGUUUUGCCUGUGGAAACAAAUAGUGAUAGACAGAUUCAUGCUUCUGUAUCAGAACUUUCUCAAGAGUAUGCUUGUCCAUCCUCCAGCAAUACUGCGGGAACAUCUUUUGCAGAGGAUGCAGUUGUCUUCCCAGAUGACUGUGUGCCACAGGCUGGUGAUCUUACGCAGGAGGACAUGGAUUUGAUAGAGGUCCUGUGGAAACAGGAUGUGGAUUUGGGUUUCUCUCUGGACCUUUUCAACCCCGCGAAACCAGAGGGGGAAGGAAAGCCAGUGCGAGUGGAAGAUGAUGAUGUGGAAAAACUGAAGGCCCUUGAGGCUCUGAAGAACGAAACUCCUACAGACACUACAAAGAAUGAAGAGGAAAACCCAGAUGAUCAGUGGGCUGGUCUUUCAUACACCAUUGAUUUGGAAACAGGUGAAUAUGUCAUCAAAGCUGGCAGUAUUGUUGAUGAACUGAGCAGUGGUGGCAGUGCUCUAGCUGAAGAAGAACCAUCAUCUCUCAUUGAUCUACCAGAGUUUUCUUUGGAAGAAGCAUUGCAGCUUGUUGGUUUGGAUGAAGAUUCCACAGAGGUGAAACCCAUCAAGCAAGAUUCUGUACCUGUGCCCCCUUCUGAGCCAGCAGCUUCAUCUGCUGUAAAGGAUAGUGGCAUUGAAGACUUGAAACCAGAGCCAGACGAACUGUUGGAUAAUUCGGAUGAGGAGCUAGGAAUUCUGAGCGACAUGAUUCAGACAGCACAAUUUCAUCAUCCCCACCCUCGGUCCUUCCAGGGCCGCAUGCCAUUUGUGAGAACAAUGAGCAUGGAGCAACGAUGGCAAGAUUUAGCCAACUUGCUGAGUCUGCCAGGCCCUGGAGAUGCUUCAGCCAUGUCACACCCUUUUGCUCACCACCACCACCACCACCACCACCACAACUACAGUGGAGGACCAAGCAGUGCAUACACACCUGACAGCACACGUGGAGUACUGCUGCAUAAUGCUACACUUGCACCCCCCAUAGGAGAUCUCAAUAACACUGGUCCAUAUCCAAAUAUGAGUGGGUCUUCAAAUUUGGGUUCAGCUGUAGCUACUUCAAUGAAUUUAACCAACAGUAGUGAGCCAAUGGGAGACAGUGGUCCUAAUGGACCAUACAAAAUAGAAGGGCCUCAUGAUAUGAUGUAUCCCUAUCAGAAUUCUACCUCAGAAAUGAACCAGACAACUGAGGGGUUCCUUUCAUCCAUAUUGAAUGAUGAAGAUCUUCAGCUGAUGGAUAUGGCUAUGAAUGAAGGCAUGUACACCAUGCGAUUGCUGGACAGCAACAAUUCGAACAAUGCCAGCAGUGUGGGAAGCAUAGGAACAGCUAUACAGCCAUCAGAGGAGCGCAUGGAUGCAUCAAGUGAUAGUGCAGUAAGUUCAAUGGGCUCAGAACGUGUCCCCUCAUUGUCAGAUGGGGAAUGGAUGGAGACUGGCUCAGAUUCAGGUCAUACAACAGGAGACCAUUAUGCAAUGGAUUAUCAUGCAAGCAAGUACCGGCCAUAUGACUACAGUUACUCAAGUCGUCAACACACAAGUGCUGGAGUGGGCUCAUCUGAUGCCUCACAUCGGAUGCCGCCCAUGGCUCAGAAGAAACAUCACAUGUUUGGCAAGCGUUGCUUCCAAGAACAUAGCUCAGGAGGUUCAUCAUUGGGUAGCCAUGGAACCACACCUGGUCUUCCUCCAACUCCCAUAAAGUAUGAGUAUGGAGAGCCUGGUGCAGGUGCUGUAGCUCCAGGAAAUGCAUUUGGAGGAGCUGUCGAAGGAGCAGUAGGCCCCAAACCACCUGAGAUGAAGUACAGUUGUAGCUUGGAAUUUUCUCGACACCACUCAGAUAUGAGACCUGUUCUUGAGCACAUUCAGCACAACCACUCUUACCAUCUGCCCCCUGAAAGUGCUGGUGCAAUGCAGCGGCCUGUCACAAGAGACAAGCAGAAGGGCCGAAAAUCAGAGGAGGAGCAUUUGAAUAGAGAUGAAAAGCGUGCACGAGCAAUGAAUAUACCAAUGACUGUGAGUGAUAUAAUCAACUUACCCAUGGAUGAAUUUAAUGAGCGAUUAUCCAAAUAUGAUCUAAGUGAGGCACAACUGUCACUCAUCAGAGACAUCAGACGACGAGGCAAAAACAAGGUGGCUGCACAGAACUGCCGCAAGCGUAAGCUGGACCAGAUCUUGACUCUAGCUGACGAAGUGAAAGAGAUGAGGGAUCGAAAGAGCCGCCUGAUUAGGGAGAGGGACUUCAGGUUGGCAGAGAUACAGCGAGCCAAGGAGAAAUUCAGCCAGCUUUACAGACAUGUCUUCCAGCACCUGAGAGAUCCAGAUGGAAACCAGUAUUCUCCAUAUGAGUAUAGCCUACAGCAGUCUGCAGAUGGAAGUGUCCUCCUCGUGCCCCGCACCAACUCCUCAGCCAUGCUGGAGCCUGAAUUAACACGCCAAAAGCACAAAGAACAUGAUCCUCAUCAUAAAGAAUGAACAACAUUUGGAUGAGCAAUACUUACUCAACAUUGUACUGACAGCUCAACUUUUUGCAGUUAAAUUUUACUGUAAACAGUUGGUACUACAUCAAAUGAAAGCAUGUUAUGUACAAACUAUUUUAUCAGAAGAGUUUUAAACAUGAUGGUUUGAAACCUGGUAAAUAUACCCAAUGAAAAGACUAUAAUAGCUCAUUAGAGGAAGGACAUUAAGUAUGUUGCAUUUUGGACAACUCCAAAAUCCAUUAAACCCUUUUUCAUCUUUGUGAAGUUCUUUAAUUUUAAUAUUUUAUAAAUACUGAGAUCUCUUAAACUCCAUUCAGCUCCUGAAAAUUUUAGAAGGUACAUGUUUUAUACAUUUUACAUUUAUGCAUUGUAUAUUAUCUUGGUGAAAUGGAAAUCACAACAAAAGACUGCAAAGAUAAUUAGCAGGAAAGGAGCAUUAAUUUAAUAGAUAAGAAUUCAUAUAAAACUCUUCACUGAUACACUUAACCUACAAUUCAUUAAACUUUAAAAACAUGUAUUGAUUACUUUGACAUAUAUCAUGUCAAAAUAUACCAUAUUUACUCACAUAAUUGACACUUUUUCACUGUUUAUAUUAAACCAGUAAUAAGGCAAUUAUACAUUUUCCCCAUUUGAUAUGGAUGUGGUAAUGAAUGAAGUUUGGAAUUACAGAAUUUUAAAAUAUUUGCUUUUGGGGAGGGGGAUGAAAGAACUUGUUUAAAAUGUGCAUUAUAAUAAUAUAAUAUUACCCAUGUAACCCAUACAGGGCAGACUUCCUUUUAGUAGAAAUGCUCCAUUGUUGCAUAUAUAAUCCACACAGUGAACAACAUUUCUCCUUAGUACUUAUUAUUUUUUUAAAAUGUGCUUUCCACUUUAAGCAAUGCUAGUGCAUUUGAGAAACAUAUAAUAUACAUAGUUGCUGUCAUAAUGUUGAUCUCACUGUAGUCUGAUGAUAGCGCAACACAGUAAGAUGACUUCCAACCAUGCCAUAGUACAUGCAUUUAGUCACUGGCUUCUGUGUGGUGGACAAAAUGGAACUGGGACAGGUUUUUCUCUGAGUUCUUUGGUUUCCGGGAUCCACAGUGACUGCACGAUCUGAGGCGUGGGCCUUGUGCCGCUUGGUCGCUGGGACCGUGGGUUCGAAUCCCACUCAAACCAUGGAUGUUUAUCUGCGUUUUUCUGUGUUGUGCUGUCGUGUGUACGGGUAGAGGCCUUGCAACGGGCCGAUCCCUCAUCCAAGGAGUCCUACCGAAUGUCUAUAGAUCAAAGCCAACGAAAAGUUGGGACCCGCAGAGCUCAGGCACUUGAAGAACGGGUCAUUUCCAGUAUCCUUUGGUUUCCUCCCCAUCAGCACCAUUCCACUGAUGCUUCAUAUUCAUUCAUGAAUCAUCUAGGUAAUGGACAGUGAGCCUCUUAGGGACUGCAGAUCUACAGAGUUAGUAUCUAUUGCUGUGUAAAAAGAAAGUUGACUUCCCAGGCAAGUGGUUCUAAUACAAAGUAGUCGGUCAGUUUCUUGAGGUAUUGAGAGAUGAGGGGAAGAGAAUCUACAGCAUAAACAUUAGAAAAUUAUGUCUGGGACUGCAAUAACAAUAGUACAAAGUUAGGCAAAUGCAUCUUUAUUAUGGAAUGAGAUGGGGGAUGGGGAGGAGCAGAGGGGGAUUUCAACAUGGACAUUGAUGAUCAUCAUGUCAAAGUAAAGAAAAGACCUGCAUGGUUAUGUCCUACUUGAAAUUUGACAUUUAUGUGUGUAAAUAUGGUAAUUUAGUUCUGCUAUAAAUAAAGUGCUACUGAGUAUGUUCUGUAUGAACUUAGUUUUUGAGUAUGAAGCAAACAGUUUUCUUUACUUACAUGGACAUAAUUACAUUUGCUGUAUCUUCUCAUUGUGCUGUGAUAACAUACUCUGUUGCAGGGUUGGCUUUGUGAAACAUUGAUUAACAGGAAGCAUUUCUUUGGUUGAAAUUAAACAUGAAUGAAGAUGAAUAUGUUACUACUCUCAGUGACAGUGUUUGUCACGUUAUAAGUUGGUAGUACUAGUAUUGAGUUGAAAACUAGUAUGAGAUUGUGAUUUUCUCUUCAGUAAAAAAUCGGGCAUUAAAAAUAUGACAUUUAACCAUGCACACAUGCAAAGUGUGUUUUCAUAUAGGCUGAUAUAAUCAUAAUUACAACAUGCAGAACCAGCAGUAUGUCCAAAAUAAUUCUACGUUCUUGUCCUAGCAUGUAUAUAUACAGAUUCAUAAAUCCUAUAUGAGCAGCAUAGAUUUUAAAGGAAUGCUAACAUGUUCCUUUUUAUGAGGAACAAAAGAUAUGUGUAAGUGCAUGUAAUGCAGUUAAAUACAGCCACUUCUGAAAUAACUACUGGAUAUAUAGUUUACAGAAAGUUGGCUGCAUCCCAGAAUGCCUUAUUUGUCUUUGCACUUACUCAGCAAGUCCUUAAUGUGAAUUAUGGAAGAUAUUUUGUUCAUACAAUUGCAGGAUUGUUUUUCAGUUAACUUUUUUUAGAUAAAGGCAGUUAUUGUUGAUAAAUGGAAAAAAAAAAUUGUGAAUAUACAAAUAUUUUUAUAACUCAAAGGAAAAACUAUUAUAGGUGAUGCUGAUUGCUGUUUUAUGUAUAUAUUGAAGUAGUUAAAUUUUUUAAAAAUAAAAUAAUAGGCAACUUUUUUCAGGGUGGUAGACAUUUCAGUUUUAUGUGGCAAGGGCUGUAUUAUAUUGGUAGUUCAUUUCUAAGAGGUAACACCAAUUAUAUGUUUGAGAUUACUUGAAGUGGAAAGUGUGUAGAAAAUAAGAGGUUCAGAUGUUUUCAGAGAUUUAUAAUCAUAUUUUUAUUUUUCCAGUACUUCAGUUUUCUUAACCAUGCCACAGUAAUGGGCUAUAACUCAUUUUAAACAGAGAAUAUGUUAUGGAAGCGUCACGAAACAGAGCCAGAAGUAUCGAUAAUAUUUGAAAAUUAGUUUUAUCUUAACAUUUACUUCAUUUAAAUUGUAAAUUUGGUAAUUUCAUGUGCUGAAUAUUUUCUGAAUUUUUAGUGUAUGGGCAUGGUUUGGAUCAAAAUCAAGAAACUUUAUGUGAGCAAGCAAUUGUGAUAAUUGUUCCUUGACAGAUUUCUCAAGGUCUGGCUUUUUAUUCAGUAAUUUUUUUUAUGGAUCUUUGAUUUUAUUAAAUGCUUCUCUAUCUCACUUAUAUCUAGUAAAAUAAAUGUUAAACACAAGCACACAGUUCAUAGUUUGCCAGUGGAUUCUGUAAGGAUUUAGUUCAUGUCUGGAAGAGGAAAUUAUAUAUUACAUUGCAGUUGGCUCUUAGGAACAUCUGUAAGCUGCUCUUGUCUUGACUAUACGAAGAGAACUAAUGUUCUGCACUUACAUUAUUAUUUCAACAUGUUCAGCUGGAAAUAAUUAUUGUGCCAUAUAGUUUGUCAGCCCAGUGGUAUGAGUUAGUAGUGUACAAUUUAUAAUUUUGAGAUGGGUAAAUACUUUGUGCAGCCAGUAAUAUUGUGUUGCUUCAAAGUAUAGUACCAGAUAACAAAAGAAGUGUCUCUUUCUUUACCUGGUCCUGUUGUGUGGAAAAUUCCUGUUUUUGUAUUCCCCCUGGUUUUUUCCACUCAGCUACAGGCAGAGAUAAUGUAUGUUGAGAAAGGAGAAAGCUUGAAGUAACCAGUGAGAUGAAAUAGUUAUAAUAUGUUGAAAAUAUACCAUGCAUAUACACUCCCAACCACGAGAAUGCAGAGCGUUGAUGCUGUUGCCCUUAAGCAGUUAAUGGCCAAAGAAUCAAUAAAAUGAAAAUGCAUUGUCAUUCAUUCAGAAUUUUAAAUGUUCUUUUAAUGUCUGUCAGAUAAAGUGUAUUGUUUUGUGAUUAUUUUUCUCUGUUAACAUAUUAUCAAAGCCCACAUAUUUUACAUUGUUCUGCUGUCUUUUGAAUAAAACAGAUUCCUAUCACACUGUUUUGUUUGAUGUACUAUUAACCUUUAAAUGCUGUAGGACAAAGGACAUAUUUUAAUCUUAAAUCUUCCUUAUUGCUAUCAUUUGUUGAGAAUAAUUGUAUUAACGAAUCCAGAUGCUUUCAAAAAUUAAUGUUAGCAAAUUAAACUUUGAAACUUG